AUGGCCGAGAGGAGAGGAGCAUCUCAGGCCCCAACCUCUGGUCCGGCGUCGAAAAGGCCCAAAGGGGAGGUGAAGAAGAAGGUGGUGAAGCCUCCAGGAAAUGAAGAGGCCAUAAAACACACCACCAGCUCUGGGGGGAGGGCUGAUCCGCAAGGGCGGGAUAAGGGGGGGUCCGACGGAGAAAAACCGGCGAUAAACCUCCAGCACUCGAAGGCAGCCUCUAGUGCCUUAUGCUGGAGAACAUCUAGAAGGCAUGUUGACAUAGGGCUGAUGCAAGAGCCCUGGAUCAAUGGAGGCCAAGAAAGAGGCCUACCAAACAAAGUAUAUCAGACGAUAUACUGCGAUAAGGCAGUAAGUCCAAGAGCCCUAAUAAUACUCAGAACGGGACAAACCUGUCUUCCACUUACAGAGUUCCUGACAAGGGAUCUUGCUGCGGCAUUGGUUGAGGUGCGAACUGAGAACAUCAAGAGGCAGCUUGUUAUCACCUCAGGAUAUUUUCCAGGAGACGCCAUCAGCCCACCACCGGAGGAAGUACAACGCCUCAUCGAAUGGUGCCGCAAGGAGAAGAAACAACUGAUUCUGGGCUGCGAUGCGAACGCACACCACAAAGUAUGGGGCAGCACGGAUAUAAAUCAUAGAGGUGAGGAUUUGCUUGACUUUCUAUUUUCUACUAACAUAGAGAUAGUAAAUGUGGGUAAUAGUCCAAACUUCAUAAAUGCGAUCAGAAGGGAAGUAAUUGACCUUACACUGGCGACACCUUUUAUUGCGGGGAUGGUCAAGAACUGGAGGGUCUCAGAAGAGCCAUCCAUGUCAGACCAUAUGGCAAUAGAAUUCAAUGUUGAAGCAACUGCUUCAGCUGAUGUUGAGUGCAGGAUACCCAGGAAGACAGACUGGGAACUUUACAUAGCCCACAUGAGUUCUGAUCUGAAGGGCCUGAAAUACAACAUCAGCUCCAAUGAGGAUCUGGUGAACGCCUCUGCUCACUUCACAUCAUGUCUGAAGAGGGCAUUCGAAAACAGUUGUCCACUCAGGAAGGAAACGAUCUCCAGAGACGUCUCCUGGUGGAACAAUCAUCUUGAAAACCUCAAGAAAUAUGCUAGAAAAGCCUUCAAUAAGGCUAGGCGAGAGGGCAGCUGGAAUGCCUACAGACUAGCCCUGACCAACUACAACAAAGAGGUCAGGAAAGCCAAAAGGCAGUCCUGGAGAAGCUUCUGUGAGGGAAUAGAUAAAACGGCCCCAGCAGCUAGACUUCAAAAGGUACUAUCUAAGGAUCACUCAAACCCAAUUGGCCAAAUAAAGAAGCCAUGUGGGGAAUUAACGAAUGAUCCUCAAGAGAGCCUAAGAGCUCUACUAGAGACUCACUUUCCUGGCUCCAGGCAGAUUACCAGUGAAGAUGGGGCCCUCGCUGGGGAAAUAUACAACCCCACCAGGUGGAAUUCUCAGAAAGCUGGGCAGGUAGACCUACUGUAG